ACUCCCUCAUUGGUUUGAAGGCGCGCAGCAUAUAUAGAAGACGCGGACGACGCGUGGCGACAAACCGUAUUCUGCAGCAGCGAAGACUGUCAAACGAAAAGCUGAAGCCCUAUUGGAAGGGCUGAGGUGUGAAGGAGUGCAUCAUUUUGUUUACUUCUACAGUUCUGUAUCAUGGCGGACCUUGUACAAGAAGAGCUAGAGGGAAUGAUCCCGGAGCUUGAGAAGCUCCAGGCGGGGAAUGUGCUCAGUUCCGAUGAAGUCAAGAAAGUGAUUAGAAGCCGGCGGAGGUUAGAAUACAGUACCAGAAGGCCGGGAAAGGAACUCGUUGAUUUUCUGAGAUAUAUCGAAUAUGAAUUGAACCUUGACUUUUUGAUUCGGAGGCGUUCGGCCCGACUGAAAUUCAAGGACAAGGCGAGAUUUGCGGCGACUAGAAAGGUGCACCGAUUGUUUCAGGGCGCGCUGAAAAAGUUCAAGGGCGAUACGCGUUUGUGGUUUCAGUUUAUUGAUUUUGUAGGGCGUGGUGAGAAGGGCCGGGCUUUGAAUAGGAUAUUCGUGGAAGCCAUAUCUUUACACCCCAAGUACCCGCCGUUUUGGAUUGCGGCGGCAUGUUGGGAGUAUUUUAGAAACGAUAACAUUUUGGCGGCGAGGACGCUGUUGCAGAGAGGGAAUCGGUUCAAUCCCGACUCAGAGGAGAUUUACUUGGAAUAUGCGCGAUUGGAGCUGGCGUAUCGUCAGAAGAUCCAGAUACGCAUACAGUGGUUCGGAGUUGAUGAGUCCAAGCUCAAAUCGAGUGAGGGGACGGAGGGAAAGGUUUUGGAGGGGUUGUCGACGACACAGGGGGAGGAGGCGUCGACGAAGAGGGGCGUGUUGGAGGAAAUGAAGGGAAAUGGAUUAUCGUUGGAUAGCGUAUCUAAUCCGUUUUUGCAAGGAAUGAUUCCAUUGAGCAUUUACAAGGUGGCAGUGGCGAGGUAUAAGAAGAGGCUGGGACUUCGGAAGAAGUUUGUGAAGAUAUUUUUGGCGUUUGCGAAUACGAGGCAUUUGGUAGAAGAGAUUUAUCAGGAUAUAGAACUCGAUUUUCCAGAUGACCCGGAGGUGCUCUCAUUCGUUGCACGGAAGCCGUGUGACGUAUUUGAUCUGGUCAUUAGGGGUGGUGUGAACGACGGUCAGAUGCCGAAAAUUGAGAGAUUGUCCGUGAAUCGGUUCAUGGUGGUAAGCGAAUGUAUAGAAAACUAUCAAAACUUUCUACAGUCUCACCCGUCUACGCCUCUGUACGAAUCGUAUUUUUCUUUUUUGGUUUCUUCGUAUGUCGAUUGCGCGGAAGCGAGUCAACAGCAAGGCAUAGAAGACGAAAGAGCGGAUCUGAAGCGGUUUUUGGAAAGAAAAAUUCCCGGCGCUUUUAAGAGGGGGUUUCAAGACGGACACAUAUCGGAGAAGAUAAGUCUGCAGUGGAUCGAUUGGUUGCUGGCGCGUGAACGCGUUGAAGACGCGCAUAUGUGGGCUGAGAAGUUGUCGGCGAAGUUUUUCAAUAAUCCGUCGAUUCGACUGAUAAAUUUUUUGCUAGUCGCGCGGAGUCGAGACGGUCCACUCGGUCGCGAAGGCGAAGGGAGGGCUGGCGAGAAGGGGGACAGGGAGCUCCUCGAGGAGGUGGCUCGGGCACUGCAAGUUGCCGAUUUGGUCCACGAGGGCCUAGGAGGGUUGUUCUAUUUUUACGCCGAAAGGAUCAUCGCAGCUCGAAUGGCAGUGGACCAAGGAGAAAUGGAGCUGGGCGUCUAUCAGGAGGCCUGCGAAAAGGCAUUGACCGCAUACAAGCGCGUGCUUUCAGGGUUGACGGGAAAAAGGGAGGCACUGAUUCGAUUUAAGGAGAACGUGUUGAGUCAGAUGGUGGAGUUCUAUGCAAAGUCAACCCAGGUCGUGGAGAAGGCCACGAUGGAGUCAUUUUUAAGGCGGAUCUACGAGGUGUCUCUGGACUAUCCACCGAACAGUAAGUCCUACUUUAAGAAAAUACUUGAGUUUGAAAUUUACGCAGAAGGAGAAUCGGAGGAGAAGGUAAAAAAAAUACACACUGAAAUCAUAGAGCACGCGUUGCGCGAAUUUGGACAAGAUGACCCGUGUAUAUGGCUGGAGGCUAUAGAUUGGGAGAAGCGACACGGGGGCAGUAUAAAGCGUAUCGGCGUUUUGUAUCAUAGAGCUAAGAGAAUGUUGAAGAAUCCAGACCAGUUCGUUGCCCAAUAUUCGCAGAUGGUGAAUGCUGAUUGAGUCAGUAUCGGAGACAGCGGACAGAGGUUGUUUUCGGAAGAAAGGGGGCGGUUGGUCGCGGGAGUUGGUUCGGCGGAGGUUUUGUGAACAAUGCGUCCGCAAGCAGUUGUGAUAGGGGAAAUGGUUCAAAUAGCAGACCAUUUCUCUUUUACUCAGAGAGGCGAAGGGAACAAUUUGAAAUCCGAACACCUGAAAAGCUAAAACAGUACAGACGAUCACUGGAGAUAUCAUGCACACAAAAUUUUUUGUCUGAGUCGAAAGAAAAAAAUUUCGUCAGAACGGCCGUCAUCAGCUUGUCGAGUGCCGACCUGGUUUGAUGUUCAGUAUCGAUGCGUAGCAUAGCGGGCGUGCUCUACAGUUUGCCUAUUAGCGGUUGAAGGUUGUCUGGCCAAUAGCAAACGCGACUAACGAAAACAAACAUUCGGAAAGUGGUCGGUACAAAAUUUUCAUAGGACUUAAAGCGGCUUUUUGCAAAUCGUGGCGUCUAUCGAGGCCCAUGCAAGUUUGUUUGUUACAAUAGGUACCGCGGCAUUCCAGAGACCGGCGUUACUAUGACCCGUUACUGUUCGCACAUGACAUUCUCUCUUUUCACGAUUCCUGUCACCUUUUCUCUCAACCGUGUCCGCUGUCUGCGUCCCCGACCCGUUGAACGCAUCGCGCAGCAUUCAAGCGGCCCCUGACAUGCGUCCAGGUCCUCAUUCCGCGAAACUUCUGAGUGUCUGUCACUUUUUGAGACCGCGGGAUGGCUGUCGGAGGUCAUCCCGUUCGCGUGUAUAAGCAUUUAAAAAGAACCUACGAUCGGAGCCAUGUCUGGUCACUAUUCGACAAGUUGCGCUGGCUUGGAGCUGGACGAAUACUAUUAAACCUUCUGUUUGUUGUACGAAUUGA